AUGGACUCGGUGUACCGAUUCCGGUCUGAUCCACGGCUUCGUUUUGAACAUGGAACGCACCAGUUCAUCUCUCCAAACACUGGAGUGACUCUCGAGUACAUCGUUUACCGCCCACCUUGGGCUAUGAAUCAUGAGCCCCGAGACAAUUUCAUCAUGGUCCAGUGUCCUGGAUGGGGUAUGGGAUCACGAUAUCUCCAGCACUUUCUCACGGAGUUGUGGGCACCACCCUCCCGCCGCCGUGGCCGUCGUGAACAUGAACCCUACACCUUGAUUUUCCUUCAUCCACGCGGUACUGGAAAUUCUUCGCAAAUGCCAUGGUCCGAGAAGAUGAGCACGAUGGAUAUGGUUUCUGACGUUGAGGAGCUCCGUCUGCAUCUGGGAGUGGAUCAGUUUCCCGUCAUUCUGGGCCACUCCAACGGUGGCUCCAUCGCUCUGGGCUAUGCCGAAACCUACGUUGACCGAGUUAAAAAGCUCAUCCUAAUUUCUCCCCACGUUCUCGGUCAACCUGACUUGCGCCUCGUUGAUCUUGCAGCCACCCAGUAUGAUCCUGCCUACGGUAAUGCAUGGGAAAGGGCCACUCAGCUGAAGCCAGUCUCAAACGAACAAUUCACCAAGGAAAUGCACAAAAUCUGGCCGCUUUUUUUCUUCGACCCUCCCACACACGUCGAUGGCCUCGUGGACUCUUUCGGUGGUGAAGAAUUCUCAGCUUGGACCUUCCUCCGCCAGAAAGCUGCCGAUCGCCCGUGGAAGAAGGCGCAGAAGAUGUUCCUUGACCUCAGCCUUGUACGAGCCGACACACUGAUUAUGUUUGGGCUGGAUGACUUUUUCGGUCGUGAGGAAGUUGCUGUGGCUACAAAGGAAAGAAUCCCUAACAGCAUCCUCAUCCGAUACAGAAAUUGCGGCCAUUUCCCCAUGGUUGAGAGGGAAACGGACGUCCUCAGAGAUAUUCGCCGCUUUAUCGGAGGUCGCUCUCGCAGAAACGGAGAGAAGAAAACAUGA